GCUGGUACCCCGCCUGGUAGAGAUGCCACACUCGCUCGGCGGCUCGCACGGCGCUCUGAAGACGCCGGCGCCCGCCGCCUUGAGGAGCCGCUGCCCCCGCUCCCUGACGAUGGGGGAACAAUGAAAUAAGCGAGAAGAUUCCUCUUCUCCCCCCUCUCUCUCUUGCCCCCUCCCCCUCCCCUCCCCUCUCCCCUCGACUCCUCUCCGAGGCACCAUGCUGACCCGCCUGUUCAGCGAGCCCGGCCUCCUUUCGGACGUGCCCAAGUUCGCCAGCUGGGGCGACGGCGACGACGACGAGCCGAGGAGCGACAAGGGCGACGCACCGCCGCCGCCUCCGCCUGCGCCCGGGCCGGGGGCUCCGGGGCCCGCUCGGGCCGCCAAGCCAGUCCCCCUUCGUGGAGAAGAGGUGCCGGAGGCCACGUUGGCAGAGGUCAAGGAGGAGAGCGAGCUGGGGGGCGAAGAGGAGGAGGAAGAGGAGGAGGAAGAAGGGCUGGACGAGGCGGAAGGCGAGAGGCCCAAGAAGCGCGGGCCCAAGAAGCGCAAGAUGACCAAAGCGCGCCUGGAGCGCUCCAAGCUUCGGAGGCAGAAGGCUAACGCAAGGGAGCGCAACCGCAUGCACGACCUGAACGCGGCGCUGGAUAACCUGCGCAAGGUGGUGCCCUGCUACUCCAAGACGCAGAAGCUGUCCAAGAUCGAGACGCUGCGCCUAGCCAAGAACUACAUCUGGGCGCUCUCGGAGAUCCUGCGCUCCGGCAAGCGGCCAGACCUAGUGUCCUAUGUGCAGACUCUAUGCAAGGGUCUGUCGCAGCCCACCACCAAUCUGGUGGCAGGUUGCCUGCAGCUGAACUCGCGCAACUUCCUUACAGAGCAGGGCGCCGACGGCGCGGGUCGCUUCCACGGCUCGGGCGGCCCCUUUGCCAUGCACCCAUAUCCGUACCCGUGCUCGCGCCUGGCGGGCGCACAGUGCCAGGCGGCCGGCGGCCUGGGCGGCGGCGCGGCACACGCCCUGCGGACCCACGGCUACUGCGCCGCCUAUGAGACGCUGUAUGCGGCGGCGGGCGGUGGCGGCGCGAGCCCGGACUACAACAGCUCCGAAUAUGAGGGCCCGCUUAGCCCCCCGCUCUGUCUCAAUGGCAACUUCUCACUCAAGCAGGACUCGUCGCCCGACCACGAGAAGAGCUACCACUACUCUAUGCACUACUCGGCGCUGCCCGGUUCGCGGCCCGCGGGCCACGGGCUAGUCUUCGGCUCGUCGGCUGUGCGCGGGGGCGUCCACUCGGAGAAUCUCUUGUCUUACGAUAUGCACCUUCACCACGACCGGGGCCCCAUGUACGAGGAGCUCAAUGCGUUUUUUCAUAACUGAGACCUCGCGCCGGCCCCCUUCUUUUUCUUUUGCCUUUGCCCGCCCCCCUGCCCUCAGCUCCUCAGCGCAGGGACACCCCCACCCACCCCAGCGCGGGGCGCGGGGAGCAGGCCGCGGGUCCUGCCGCUCUCCUGGGCAGCGCAGUCCUCUUACCUGUGGGUGGCCCGUCCCAGGGGCCUCGCUUCCCCCAGGGGACUUGCCUUCUCUCUCCCCGAGGGGUUCCUUCCUCCUUUCUCCCAGGGAGUGCUUCUCCAGGGACCUCUCUCUGGGUGCUCCCAGGAGACACCCCUCCCCCAUUCCCAAUAUCUUCACUUUGGUUUUCUCCUCCCGCUCCUCCUUGCAGGCUCCAAGGCUUUGGUGAGGGGGCAGCUGAGCUGUGGGAUGCGGUUUUCCCUCUCAUUAUUGUUAUAAAAACAGACACCCAGCUGCUGAGGCAGAAAGGAGCAGGGCAUCCCCCCUUCUUGAAGAGGGCAGAAGUCAGGGUGCUGGGGCACGACCCAAUCCCGAGUCUCCGCAUUUUGGAAUUUUAAUUUUGGCGGGAGGGGAUGUGGAUUGAGAAGAAAGAGAAAGGCCAAGACAAUUUGUAACUAGAAUCCGUUUUUCCUUUUUCCUUUUUUAAAACAAACAAACAUACAAAAAAAAAAAAAAAAAGCUAAGAGGCGACGGAGGCCGAACGCAGAGUCCGGAUCGGAGAGAAAACGCAGUAAGAACUUUUAGAAGCAAUAAAAGGCAAAAAAAAAAAAAAUACUACUACCAAUAAUAAUAAUAAUAAAAAAGACACAAAUAUCUAUGCAAGGAGGUUCUGACUGAGCCUAUCGGCCCGGCCCUGGGAUGCCCCUCCCGGCCCGCGGGCCGCCCCGCCCCAGAGCGGAUCUGUGCACUUUGGUGAAGUGGGGGGCCGCGCUGCCCCCUCCCCUCCCCAGGUUCUUACAAUCAGUGACUCGGAGAUUUGGGGCCCCAGUGCCACUGCCCUCCCCCGCCCCGUCCCCGUUGUGCGUCAUGCUGUUUUUUAAAAACCUGUUUCCAAAUUUGUACGGAAUGGCAAACUGUUGGGGGGUCGGUUUGGGGAGGGAGGGUUUGCAUGAGAGACACACACGCACACCACACCGCACGCACAAGCAGGCCGGGCGCAGGCGUCUGGGGCAGAAGGAGGUGAGCUUGCUGGCUCUCCCUCCCCGAGGUUACUUCCGUCCCCUCCUGGGAGCGAGGGGGUGGGGACGGAGACCUGGGGGCAGCCUCACACCAGCCGGGACUGUGCCUCGGUGGGCACCUGGCGCUUGGCGAUUUCAGGUGUCUGGAGAGGGUUGGUUUUUUUUGUUUGUUUUGGUUUGGUUUUUUGGUUUUUUUUUGUCCGGGGAGUCCUCCCGGUUUACGCCAGGGAGUGAGACGAGAGAGGGCUGAGGGCUCCUGCUGGAGGUUUCCUUCAAAACGGGCAAAAAAUGAACCUCUCUUCACAGGAGGCAGGGGCUCAGGCAUCUAAACACACGAUGCAAAAUGCAAACCCAUGACACACCCACACACUUACAAAAUUUUACCUUCCUCUUGUAGUGAAGAUGAAACUCCCGUCGGACACCCGAAGUGCAUUGCGUGUUUCUGUUCAGUUUAUGA